AUGGUCAGUGCUGUGGCGGAGCUUCUCGUAAACAAUUCCCAAAAAAACGAUAAAUAUCAAAAACCACAAACUGCUCUGGAAAAGCGUAUCCAUAAUAUAUUUCUGGAAGUAUUCAAUUUAUCAUCAUCUUCUAACAUUGAUAUAACAAAGUCGUUUAAUGAAUUGCGUAUUUCAUCCGUAGAAAUGAUGAAACUGUUGACAAAACUACGUCAUAGUUUAUAUUCUAAAAUAGAUCUUGACUUUCUACUGUCAAAUCCGUCCAUCCAUGAACUAUCAUUAACAUUGGAACCCUUAAUUGGCAUCGAUAAUGCUGUAAAACUUCAUAGAGAAGCUAAUGAAUGCGGCCAGCGGCCAACACCAUCGUUAGUAACAGAAUUAUUAUUAUGCGGAGCGCAAAUAGGUUCAAAUGUUCAUAUCUACACAACCGAUAUUAAUACACCUGAUUUGCUCAUUGUCUAUGAUAAUAUUUAUAUUGACUCUGAAGUAAUGUUAAAUAAUUUCAGUUAUAAUCAUACAAUCUUUGAAUUAAAUGUAAUUCAAAUUGAUUCAAAUUGUGCUAUUUCUGUCCGCAGUGUUUUACAUCAUCGUGUACAUUUAAAGCAAAAUGUUUUAAUUAAAUCAAUGUCAAGUGUUACUGGUACAGUUGAAAUGAAUACAAUUAUUAAUGGCGAUCAAAAACAACAACAGGAUAAUGAUGAUUUUCAAUUAUUACAAGAUAAAUUGAAGUUCAUGAGUUUUAGUUUAUCAUUUGCUCAAUGUAAUGAUUGUAUCAUGGGUACUUAUUGUACAAUUCAAGUUAGCUCAAAUAUACCAGAACACACAAUUAUUGGGACGAUGACAAGAGUUGAUCCAAAAACAACAGUAGCAACGACAAGAACAGCUAAUAGUGUUAUUAUUUUAGGUUUACCGGGCAAAGAGAUGCCACUUGAAUUUAGAUUUGAUUUAAGAUUUUGUUUAUGGAAUGAUCAUGGAGCAAGUGCAAGCGAAUUUCUGAUGGGAACACAAUUUCUUGUUUAUUUUCUUCGAGGUAUAGGAGCCUCAAUUCCUGUUGGUGAUCAUGUUAGAAUUAGUUCUAAGGCCUCUAUACAGAAAGGCGAAAAACCGGCAAAAGAUCGGCCGGUUUUCAAGAAAUUUCGAGAACGGAAAAAAACCGCCAAAACACUGGGCGGUUUAGACGCUUUUAUCAGUAAAUCAAAAUAA